AGUUUCAAAUUCAAACAUGUUUUGGUUACUAUUAUUAAUAACUGUUUACUUAAAAUGUGGGUUUGCAGUAACUGUAGACGACGAUUUAGUGGUUCAACUAAUUCCUGGUAAAAUCCGGGGACAUGUUUUAAAAAGCCACGAGGGCAAGGAUUAUUACGGUUUUCAGGAAAUUCCAUAUGCUACUCCUCCUGUAGGAAAAAAUCGAUUACAGCUACCUAAAGAACCAGAACCUUGGGAUGGCAUUAAGGAUGCUACUAAAAACACCAAAGUUUGCGUUCAAAAAAACAAAUACACUAUAAACAAAACUGAAGAUUGCUUGUAUUUAAACGUCUAUUCUCCCGUGAAACCUGGAAGUGCUGAACGUUUACCGGUGUUAUUCUGGAUACACGGCGGCGGAUUAAACUGGGGCUCCGGAACUUACAAUGACUAUGGACCGAAAUACAUCAUGGACUAUGAAAUCGUCGUCGUAGCUAUAAAUUACCGCUUAAAUGGAUUCGGAUUUGCCACAACCAACGACGGCAUCAUUCCUGCAAAUCUAGGCUUAAAAGACACUAGGUUGGCUCUUGAGUGGGUCAAUAAGCAUAUUGGGCUCUUCGGUGGUAAUCCAGAUCAUGUAGUUAUUGCCGGUGAGAGUUCUGGAUCAGCCAUAGUGGGGCUUCUGGUGCUAGGAGAUUGGAAUGGAGAAACGCAGCUAUUCCAUGGAGCUAUCCAGGAAAGCGGGUCUAUGGUUGGUGGAACAAUUCAGUGGACACCGAAAGAAAAUGCCGUUACUAUAGCGAAAAGAUUGAAUCCAAGUUUUUCUUCAAACAAAUCAGAAGAUAUUUUAGAAAUACUGAAGGAAGCUAACGCAGAUGAACUGUUAAAUGCAGUAGCAGGUAUUAAAUUGCAAAAUGUUAUAGAAAAAUCAGGACAUUUUUCUCUGUUACCUUUGCAAACCUAUAUGGAUGGGAAUAUAAAGAAGAUACCAAUGUUGUUAGGAUGGAAUUCCGAAGAAUGGAUUAAAUACGCUGUGAAUCGUGACAAUAAAAAAUUAUUGAAAAAUCUGGACGACAACCCUAAUUUAUUAAUCCACGAUAACAUAAACAUGUCUCCUGAGAAGAGGCUAAGAGCUGGAAAAUUGUACAAGAAGGUUUACACUAACUCUACAUUUGUAGAAGACUUUGCCGCCUAUAUUAGAUGGAGCAGUGACCAAUCGUUUGCAACUCCCACAGGAAAACAAAUCGAAUUGGGCUCAACUCUUGCACCCUACUACGUUUAUCAAUUCUCUUACAAAGGAAAAUUAGGAGGCAUGAUGGAUGAACAAUACAUUGUGCCUGGUGCUGGUCGAGUGGGCCAUAUGGAAGACUUGCAUUAUUGGUGGGAAUUCGAGAACAACAGCAACAUUAGUGAUUUUCCUGCUGAGGAUCAGCGCAUGAUGAAGCGUUUUCUUCGGUUAUGGACGAAUUUCGUCAAAUAUUUGAAUCCAACUCCCACUGCUGAUCCGUUGCUUGACAACAUAAUUUGGCCGAAAUCAGACCCGGAAAAACUAACCUAUCUGAAUAUAAAUUCGACGUUCCAAAUACAAACGGAUCCAAGAGUUUACAAAUUUGUUAAACCCAUUAUCGAAGAAUUUAUGGAGAAACCGUAUGCUCAAUUUGGUUAAAUAUACUGAAC